AUGGCUGUACCAGGCCCCACCAUCCGCCGCCUUAUGAAAGAAGUUGAGGAACUCUCGGAGUCCUCGCCCUCGCCAUCGCCAUACUUCCACGCUCACCCCAUCUCAGACUCGAAUCUGUUUGACUGGCACUUUACACUCUUCGGUCCUCCUGCACCCUCUCCGUAUGCCAAUGGAAUCUACCACGGCCGCAUCGUCCUGUCCCCACAGUACCCGCUGCGCCCGCCGUCCUUCCGCUUUCUCACGCCGUCCGGCCGUUUCGAGGUGAACCGUGAGAUAUGCCUGAGCAUCAGUGGACAUCAUGACGAGACGUGGCAGCCGGCAUGGGGCAUUCGCACAGCGUUAACCGCCAUCCGAAGCUUUAUGGACGGGGAUGUGAAGGGCCAGGUCGGGGGCCUGGAGGCUAAGGAAGAAGUAAGAAGAGAUUGGGCACAAAGAAGCCGGCAGUGGAAGUGUGACGUCUGUCCUGGCCAAAAGACAAAUGAGGAGAUCUUGCAGGACUGGUGGGAAGUCUGCAAGGCUAAAGGAGUGGCGGUUGGAGAUCAAGAGGAUAAAGCUAUGGCAACGGAUACAACUCUCCCUGACGGCUUAGUAUUGAGUUACAGAGAUGAGCCUGGGAAAAAUCAGGGCUCUGGCAGCCAUCCGACUGCAGAUAACCAGUCUUCUGAUGUCCAGAAUGACACUCAGCCGCAAAGAGACCAAGCUGUAGAAUCUAUGGAGGAGCCAUCUAUAACGAUCCCAACGAUACCAACCCGCUCUUCUCCAGCUGCUACUUGUGAACCUCAAUAUAGGUCUCGACCGCCGCGACCACCUUCGAUAGCAAAUGCUGAUGCUGGGGACCGAUGGCUGGAUAGAGCAAUUUUCGGUAUUAUCAUUGCGCUCGUUCUGAUGAUACUAAGGAAGAUUUACUUCGCCGACUCUAUUGAUGAUACACCCCACACUGGAAGCUUACCCUAA